UAUUAGACAAUUCAAUAUCAGACAUUAGCAUAAGUCAUUAGGAGCGCGCAAAGUGAGCGCACAAGCAGUUUAUGACCGAUAAGUAAAGCGUGUUUUCAACAGAUUUUAUGGUUGAUUGUUAAAAAAAAAGUUGAAUGAAAGAAACUGCCUUAGAGUGUGAUAUGUCCCUGUUGUGUGUCACAAAAAAGGCCAUUACUAUGCAGUUAUUGGUGGAUACCAUAUUCCAGAAUAGAGAAUACGCGCAUCAACUGCGAGUCUGGCACGGCAUUGUUGUGGGACUGGUGGUUUGCACUGACUGUCAAAAGCAAAACACUAUAUUGGUGGUGGUGAAUUGGUGUGACGAGGGAGCGGGGGCAGCUCACCAUCCUCUCUGAGAACGCAACUCACAUUACACCUCCUCUUUCCCGGGUAGGAAUGAGACCUAUGUUUGCGGAGCUGGGAUGACCUCAAUAUUUUGAACCGUGUUGCUUGUUUUAGUGGUGGCUAUGGUCCUCUCUCACUCACUCACACACACAUACACACACAAACAAAACACCACACAUCAUAUUUGCCGUUUGUAAACCAGCGAACAGCGCAGACAGGUUUUUCUCUGCAAAAGGCUGUCUUGCAGACUACACUCGAGAAGAGUUACGGAGUGGAGUCUACGUUUUGGACACCCUACGACUUUGGUGUAUAGAAAAUACAUUCUAAAAAGAGGAGCAGUGCAAUCAGUCGUGAAUCUCGGAUAUGUCGGGGGUGAAAAUAUUCAACCUUGUUGUUGGAGUUGUUUUAGUUUUGCAGUCUCUUGGAAAUGCGUUUCAAGUGCCUGGAGGGGACCUGACAAACGGGGUCUCCUACUCCUACCUGCAGGGGCAGCCGCUGGCUGAGGAGGACGUGGCAGUGGAUGUGAAGUUGUACAGUCACCGGUGGAGGAGGUGGCUGUCCCCAGAACAACCACGUAACAUGGACAAUAACAGGGCCAGCCAGGACCAGGAUCAGCAGGACCAAGACCAGAGUCAAGACCAGCCUGAGGGGAACUUCCCAGGCCUGCUCUCAGCAGAGGACAGCCAGGACACUGACAACAGCUCCCAGAUAGAGGAGGACACAGAUCACAACUACUACACAUCAAAGACCUACGGCCCCACGGACCCCAUCAGCAAGGACUUGUGGGUAAACGUUGACCAGAUGGACAAGGAGAAGGUGAAGAUCCAUGGCAUUUUGUCCAACACUCACAGGCAAGCUGCGAGAGUCAAUCUAUCCUUCGAUUUCCCCUUUUAUGGACAUUUCCUGCGUGAUCUCACCGUGGCAACUGGUGGGUUCAUCUACACGGGUGAUGUGGUCCACAGGAUGCUGACGGCCACCCAGUACAUCGCCCCCCUCAUGGCCAACUUUGAUCCCAGUGUCUCCAGGAACUCAACCGUCAUCUACUUUGACAAUGGCACUGCUCUGGUAGUCCAGUGGGACCAUGUCCACCUGCAGGACAGCUACAACCUGGGCAGCUUCACCUUCCAGGCCACACUGCACAGUGACGGCAGGAUCGUCUUCGCCUACAAAGAGAUCCCCAUCGAGGUGGCUCAGAUCAGCUCUGUCAAUCACCCGGUGAAGGUGGGCCUCUCCGAUGCCUUUGUGGUGGUCCACAGGAUCCAACAGAUUCCCAAUGUUCGUAGGAGAACGAUCUAUGAGUACCAUCGCGUGGAGCUGACGAAGACCAAAAUCACCAACUCCACAGCAGUGGAAAUGAUGCCUUUACCGACAUGUCUCCAGUUCACCAGCUGUGGCAGCUGCAUCUCCUCCCAGAUCAACUUCAACUGCAGCUGGUGCCACCGCCUUCGCAGGUGUUCCAGUGGGUUUGACCGCCAUCGGCAGGACUGGGUGGAUAACAGCUGUCCUGAUGAGACCAAGGACAAAAGCUGUGAUAUCAUCAACACCACACAACUCUAUCCGUUCACCACCACGUUAGUUGCCAAGACAACAGGCCGGAGCAGAGGAGAGACCACCACAGCCGGAGCCUCUUUGUCUACGUCCCUCUCCCCGACCAGCGUCCCCACUGAAGAUGACACCAAGAUUGCUCUGCAUCUCAAAGACAAUGGAGCGAUGCCAAAGGAGAGUUCUGCAGAGCGGAAGGGCACACACCCCCUGCACACUGGACUGAUCCUGGGCAUCCUCAUGGUCAUGCUCAUCAUGGCUGCCACAGUCCUGGUCACCGUCUACAUCUACCAUCACCCCACCUCGGCCGCAAGCCUAUUCUUCAUCGAGAGACGUCCCAGCAGGUGGCCGGCCAUGAAGUUCCGCCGAGGGUCCGGUCACCCGGCCUAUGCGGAGGUGGAGCCCGUGGGCCAGGAGAAAGAGGGCUUCAUCGAGUCUGAGCAGUGCUAAAGGGCAUCCCCCCCACCACACACACACACACACCCCGCCGUGUCGCUCUCCCCCCUCCCGUAUUGCCCCCCUUGCGCCCGCUCCACAGGGACUGACACACCAGUAUUGCCCCAGAAACAGGCCUUCCGAAUCUGCCAUACCCAUGGCGACUGAUUGACGCUGGUCUCUUGUUUUGUUGAUUAAAACACUCACUGUCAAGAUUGUAAACUUAAAUUAGAAAAUUGUGGAGGUGUUAAUUUGAAAACCCCACACUCUUGCUGGUUGUUGAAGAGUGGGCCUUGUGUUUGGUGGACUACCAUGGUGGACUACCAUCUUCAACCCUAGCUUGUCCAACAGAGAGCUGAUCUGAGAGCUUAGGGAGGGUCACUGCCAGAGGGACUGUGCUGUAGGUAAACCUUGAAAACGGAUCUCAAGUCAGCUCUUCGUCCAAGUCCUCAAAGUCUCACACUCGUGCUGGUUGAAGUGACUGACUGACUGACUUGUUGGGGACAGAGGGAAAGUAGCCACGUUUAUACCUGGUGCUAACAUGCGUCCUUUGUCCUGAUCUUGUCCACAUUUUGAUCGUGCCAACAUUUUAAGACGUGUAGAUGAUUAAAAGACACAUUGUGAUCGGAUUGUGAUCAGAUCUUCCUGACCACCUCCGGAGGUAGUCAAGCACGCAUUGUGUCUGGAUAUCGAUUGAGUGUAAACAGAUGUGGAUGGUCAAACCAUUUAAAUCAUCAUAAUACCGGCCUUUAAAACAAUUUACAGGUAUCAAAAUUGACUUAGGGGCUUCAGUAACUGUCUUAAAACAAAUCAUCCAUAUUAUUUUAAAGAAUAUCUGUCAAAUAAUUUGCAUACAGGGAGGCAUGAGCUAAUCUGGUCACAAUGCGGGCACAGUGGACGGAUAAGAGACACAUUUUAAUACUAUGUGUGGAGGCGAAAAAACCUUGAUCGGAUAGUGAUUGGAUCAUAUUGAUCAGAUCACGAAACUCACAUGUUAGCACAAGGUGUAAACUAGGCUAUUGAGUGGGUUGUACAGAGUAACUGUGAUGCAUUGGGGGAGUAGGUGGAAUUAUACAAUAUAUUUUUCAGAAACAAUACUGAGUAUGUGAACAGAGAUCUCGACUUUAAAUGUUGGUGAGGUUAUAUAGACUUUACAUCCUUUUGGGAUUUUGCAAAUGUACUUUUUUCGUAUUUUGUUUCUGUUGCUUUUUUUACUUGGGUUUUCUCAUAAUCAGUGUGGGGGGGGUUUGUCUUGCUUCCCACUACCACAAUAAGGCUUCUUUACCAUAGCUUUUACUCCAUAGUGUGGUUCAAUAGUGUGAUAUGCUCUUGCUACUGCCACUCAUCCCACCAAGGAGUAGCAGUCUGCAAGUCUGGAAAUGUUCAGUUCUGUCUCUUUUGUUCAGCUCUGGCAUCUCUUUUUUUUCUCAUUUUGUCAAAGAUUGUGUGGUUUUUGCUUACUGAGAGAACCUCUGUUUUCCACGAUGGGGUGAUGGGCACACUCUUCUCUUCUCAUUGGUUUGAUUGCUCCCUUAUUAACAUACUGUAUGUUGUUGUUAUUUUUUUUACAGUGAUUUCAGUACUGCCGUGCCAUUAUUUCCUUGACUGGAGUCUGCUCAAACAUUUUUUGCACAAAAGGUUUUUCCAUGCACAUAUAUCUUUAGUUCAUUUGACUUGUGGUACUAAUGCAAAAUUGCAAGACAGGCGCUUGUGACUGUGUGUGGUUGUGUGUAUGCAUGGUCUAUAUGUGAGUGAUUGAGUGUUUGUGUGCGUGUUGUGUUUGUGUGAUUAGAUAUCCACCUGCUUGAAGGUGGGUCAGUUUGAGCUGGUUCUGUGUAAUUGAUGCUGAUUGGUUGACCUGAGGUACAUUAACAAGAUGUUAUGAGACGCGUUGGCGAUACAUUAAAAAACGUACCUGGCAUGAGUUUGCCUGGGUUUUGAAUUGUGGUAUACAGUGUGGUUUUCAAUAGCAGUUUGACCUGCUGCUGUUUCAACCUGAAGAAGAAUCUAAAUUGUACAGGACUGGAGGAUUCGUGUUAUAUGGAGUGAGAUAUCUGCCGAAACGUUAAACAAACGUAAUGUUAGAGUCAAAAAUGCAUUUUUUUUUAGGAAAUCUCUAACCUCCAUACUGUUCCAAGUCAAUAUGAAUGGCUGACUAGUACAUGUCAUUUAACCCUAGCAUAGCAAUGUAUAUACAUGGGCCUACACCUUUGUAGAUUGACUCUCAAAACAUUUGCAGAUUCGGGUUAUUAAUGAAAAAGCAUACAUAUGAUAUAUUAUAUGACUAUUUUGUUUUUCUUUUUGAGUGGCCUUCUCAAUUAUGAUUAUUUUUUUCAAAUGUGAAUGAAUGUGUCAAUCAUUGCAUAACUGCUGUUGCUGGUCGAUUAUAACGGACAAGGCUUUCAUACAUUGAUCAAAUCAAACAAAAUUCUGAUUUGUAUACUGUACCAAGACUGACCGAACAAAUACAAUGAAAUGUAUUUCACCAUCAUUUGUAGAUUGAGCUGGGAAAUAUGCCUUGGGUUACAAUGGUACAUACACACGGUACUAUUUAGAAUUACAAAUAAAUAGAUUAUACAAAAUAUAUAUAUCUCAAAUGUGCAAUAUAACAUUCAUCAAACUUCAUUAUGCAUUUUUUAAUUUUUUUUUAAAUGUAGUGAUAAUGAUUGGGAAUUAUUUAGCGUUACAUCAUUGAUGAUUAAUUAAUCCCCCAUUGCACUGAGACCAAAGACCCAUCCCAAUGUUUAUUUUGUCAACAUACUACGGCGUUCUCUACCGUGGAGACCUCUGUGUCCCAUGUUCACAAUCUCUCACUUCAUUCCCCACCAAGUCCAAAUCUAUCUCGCCCCUUGACGUUGAAUCAAACCACUAUUUUCAUAUUGCACUCCCACUUUGAGCACACCACCACAGGCCUACAUUCAACUCAAAACACACGCAGAGACAUAGGCACACACACACACACACACACGCGCAAAUGCUCGUAUAGGAUGAUGAAUCAGCUGCGCCAGAACUCAACACAACUCCAUUCAUAACAAGUCCAUCUACAGAGGUGGAGUUACUGAGCACAGCAACCAUCUACUGAACAUUACGCUUAUUUUCCAAAACAGUGUUAAAGAGUCGAUGGGCUGGGGGGGUGAGGGGGGGGCACACGUGACUACCCUCACAGAUUUUCCAUGCCUACAGCCAAAUACCAUAGUCCCAAAUGCUUCCCUAUUCCCUACAAAGUGCACUAGACAGGGAAUAGGGUGCCAUUUGGGACGCAGACACUGCUUUGAGAUUUGCUCAGUCUUCCCUUGUGGAGAAAUGCUGUGUUGUUUGAGCUCUCUGGGACAUCUGCUUGUUCUGCUGCCACCUAAAACUGCAAAUGUUUUUAUAACCACUCAAACGUAUGUCUCAAAUGGCAUUCUAUCCCCUAUUUAGUGCACUACUUUGGACCAGGACCCAUAGGGCUCUAGUGAAAAGCAGUGUACUUUAAGGGAAUAGGUUGGCAUUUGGGACGCAGGCGAAGUGGCCCGAGGAUAGAGCUGAUAGAGGGGUUUGAGUUUUGUAAACAAACUUGGAGGAUGAAGUGGGGGGCAUUCAGUAGGCCUAAGUGUUCAGUCUGCGUUAGACAGUGAUUGCAACACUUUCAAACUAGUUGUUUGGGAGAAGAAAGCAUAUUCAAGUCACUCCAGUAAUCACUGAAUGGCCUGAUUGCUUUCAACCAACAUUCUCAUAACAUGCUUUUUAGAAUAAGAAAAGCAACAUUUUCUGCGUUUAGACAGGCAGACCAAUUCUGAUCUUUUUUCCACUAAUUGGUCUAAUGACUUAAAACGAACAAUGUAGCUCAUACAGGUACAAGUCUUGUUCCACGGUGAUUGCCUGAACUCAAAAUGGAGGACGGAGGAAGCUGUGACCCUAUGUUUUGUUUUCCGAUCUCAUUACAAAACUCUUUAGGACAUGACAACAAGAGACUCAAAAAUCACACAGUACCCUAGCUGUCUGUAAUUUCUGUAACUACUGUCAUUUUGAUUACAUUUGAAAUAAAGAAUGUUGUUUAAA